CGGCUGCAUGACCGCCGCGGUCUCCGCACGUCUGGAUUCGGUGGAGUCCUGGGCCUUCCAUGCGCUGCUGGUGCUGCCCUAUAUGUUUUACGUGGGCUUGUUCUUUGUCAACGUGCUGAUCCUGUACUAUGCCUUCCUGAUGGAGUACAUCGUCCUCAAUGUGGGCAUCGUUUUCCUGCCCGAGGAUAUGGACCAGGCUCUGGUGGAUCUGGGGAUGCUCUCCGACCCUGGCUCCGUGCUCUACGAGACGGACAGCGAGCUGGAUGUCUUUGACGGGUAUUUGGAGUGACGCCCCAGGGCGCUCCGAAGCGACUGAGCUCUGCUGCUCCCUGGCCCGGG